AAUAUAUUAUUAUUAAAUAAUAGAAUGAAAGUAGUAUGCUAUCAACACUAUCAUCUUCUUUAAAACCGGUAAAAAUGCAGAAUAAAAAAAGAAAAAAUGAUACUGAACCAAAAGUUAAAAUGACUAAGGCUGGAAAGCAGCGAACAGAAUCAAUAGAGACGUACAAGGAUGCCUUAGCUAGUGUAAUUUCGAAAGGAAAUAUUGAAGAUAACGUUUCUAACUCAAUAACAUUGACGGAAGGAAAUUACACGUAUACGAUUCGGUGUCCAGUAGCGCCAAAAUGCGAUGACUACUACGUCAUUCAACAUUAUAAAACUAGUGUUAUAAAGGACAUUCCGUCACUUGAAAGAUGGAAACAUUCUGAAGCUAGUGUAAAGUUGUACACUAGCAAUACCUUUCCUGCUGACAACGAAAUAUCAAUAAAAUAAAUGAACUAAUUCGCACAAUUUUAAAUCGAUGUUCAUCGGAUCCGAAACGGA